AUGCGACCGACCACACGCCUGUAUGCGACCGUCAAGUCGGCGGCGCGGUACCUUGAAGGAAAUACACCUACAGGACUGACAGGCCUACCAACACACCCUUCACCUCGACCAGCCCUACUUUACACAUAUAGCAAGACGCUUCAAAAACUGCAGGAGCUUCCCGCAAGCUCGGUAUAUCGUCAGUCGAGUGAAGCUCUGACGAGACAUCGCAUGAAGAUUGUGGAGGAUACAAAACCUCCAGGUCACGCUGAGUGGCUCGAGCGAGUGCAGAAGAUUAUCAGCUCGGAGCCAGGAUACUCUAGAUUCAGAGGUGAAGACGGAAGUUUAAUACACGAAGAAGUAUACAAAGAGCCUAAAGAAACCUGGGAUGGAGCCUACACAAAGCAGGAUGCUAGGAAAGAGGGCAGCAACAAUAAGACCGAAGCUGAGGCCAAGCUUGCAUACAUACGCGCCGACCUAGAGAGAGUCGAUAAGGAGAAGAAGGAGGGCAAGCUACCAGCCGUCAAAGAUCUUGAGGUUGAGCCUGCCUUGACUGCCGACCAAGUCAGUGAAAUCGAGCAUAAAAUUGGUGCUGGCUUGAUCGAGGAGGUCGUUCAGGUUGCCGAAGGUGAGCUUAUAUUGGUUGAGGAAAUGCUAGCUUCAAGAGCCUGGGAGGAUUUGGAAGAGAAGGCACCAGCUGGCCAGUGGGAGUACUUCGACAGGGGUGACAGAGUAUAG